AUGUCCUCAAAUCACCAACAAGAUGGUCUUCGCUCCUCCCGCGACUCAAAUUCUUUGUUUGUUGGUCCCAAUUUCCGUGUUGGCAAAAAAAUCGGGUGUGGAAAUUUCGGUGAAAUUCGACUCGGUAAAAACCUCUACACCAACGAGCAUGUUGCGAUCAAGUUAGAACCGAUGAAGACACGAGCACCCCAGCUGCAUUUGGAGUAUCGGUUCUACCGCAUGUUGCAGACAGGCAAUGCCAAGGUGACUGCUGUCACCUCUUCGGUUGGUCAGUUCCAUUCGGCUAAACCUCUAGGAUUGUCCAUUUGGAUUUCUGUCUUCUUUACCUUUGUCGGUUUCCCCAUGGUCUACUACUUCGGUCCGGUGGGACGACAUAAUGCCCUCGUAAUGGAACUCCUCGGUCCUUCCCUGGAAGAUCUAUUCGAAAUUUGUAAUCGCCAAUUCUCUCUCAAAACCGUCAUUAUGAUCGCUCUCCAAUUACUGCAGAGAAUUGAGUACGUGCACUCACACCACCUAAUAUACAGGGAUGUGAAACCCGAGAACUUUCUCAUAGGGCGCCAAUCCUACGACCGCCACCGUAUCAUCUAUAUGAUCGAUUUCGGGCUUGCCAAGGAGUACAUCGAUCAGGAUACGGGGAAGCACAUCCCCUUCAAGGACCACAAGAGCCUUACUGGCACCGCGCGUUACAUGAGUAUCAAUACACAUCUUGGCAAAGAGCAAUCGCGUCGUGACGAUCUAGAGGCGUUGGGUCACAUGUUCCUUUACUUCCUCCGUGGCUCUCUGCCCUGGCAGGGCCUCAAGGCGGACAAUCUGCGCGAACGGUAUCAGAAGAUCGGUGAUACGAAGUGUGCCACUCCCAUUGAAGUCCUCUGCCAAGGCUAUCCAGAAAUGGCCACGUACCUGCGCUACGUGCGAAGUCUGGACUUCUUCGAGGUACCCAACUACGAAUACCUGCGGUGGAUUUUCACCGAUCUCAUGAAACGCCAGCGAUGGGAUUGCGAUUGGGAGUUUGACUGGUGCUAUCGUCCACUUCCAGGUGCUCCCCGAGGCAGCUCGUCGGGCCAUCAAAAUAACCUGACCGCCAACACUACUCCUGCAGCACAAGCACCUACAACGGAUCCUAUCACCUCUAACACCGCCAAUGUGGGUCAUUCCAGCCACCCUGUCCCCCACCUCCCUCCCAACUCCUCCGCCUAUUGGUCGGGUGCAGCAACGCCGGCGGCGGGAGGUGACACAGCGCUCACGGGUCGUCGACCUAGUGAGCAGCGAAAGUUACAUGCCAAUGGUGAUGAACAGCAGUUGCUGGGAGGCGAAUCUAUACGGCCCAGCGACAUGCCGCUCUCCGAGGUGCCACACGGUCAACCACCUACCUCCUCAUCUGUCACCAACCCCGCCAACAUCGGAUACUCUCACCUCUCUGUGGUUGGUGGUGGCAACCCGCAAUCCACCCCCAUGAACCUUGCCACCACGUCCAACAAGGUGGCUCCACCAGGCGCAGGUGACGCCUCUUCCGGGUCGCAGGCUUGUGGCUUAGUAAAGUCGCAUUUCUUUUCCUCGUCAUUUGCCUCAGCUGCUGCUUCUGCCUGGGCCGUUCUCGCAACCGGCGUCAGCGAUCACGAUUCAAGUAGACGCCGCGAACGCGCGGUCACUUUUUGUUUCAUGGGGGGUCUUCUGCCGCCUCCCAUCACCAGCCCAUACAAGCAUCACUGCGUCCUCCUGUUACCCUUCUUCGCCUCUUAUUUCUCCGUUUCCCCUCUGAAGUCCUCCACCCUCGCUGGCUCCGAAUGCGUCUACUUGAGGGGACAAGGGGCAAAUUUUGUGCUGAUGGUGACGAUGCGCAAAAUAUGCGUUGUUGUUGUUGAUGAUGAUGAUGAUACGGAGUCGGUAAUCUCCGAAGUCGAGAAUCCCUAA